UAAGCACACGCACACAAACGUGAGCUUGAAAACUGAUUCGUUCGUGUCAUUAAUUGGUAGAACGGGAAGAAUACGAAAAAUAUUUCAUUUCUCGGUCAGAAACCUUUUUUUAUAGAACACAGCUCGUUAUAAAAAGUGGAAAAUUACUUAAAAUUUAUAGUGUUUAACGUUAAUAGGAGAAGUGCGUAAGAAUGUGCAAUUGGUAAACGUUAUCAGCUCGUUUUCAUCUAAUUCAAACCAAUCUAAAUAUUAAUUGUGAACAAAAUUUGGUGUUGUUGCUGUUUUGAAAAAAAAAACCACUUUAACUGCACACUUGUUGGUGGGUGUCAGCGUGAAUAGUGCGGCAUAAACAGAGGCAGCAUGCAGCGUAAACUGUUGCUCUACUCUUUGCUCUUCUUGGCUGUGACAUCGCAAAAAUGCCAUGUAGUGGAGAGUGGUGGACCGCCCAGCGAUACUAUGGGCGCAAUAGCCGCAUCUCGUUACAAUGCAGAACAGCAGCAGCAACAACAGCAACAACAACAGCAACAACAACAGCAACAACAUUUGCAUACAACAACCCAUCAUCCAGGCAGCGCCAGUGCUGGUGGUGGUAGUGGUGGUGUCAGUGUCAGUAAUAGCGGUGCGCCGGCGCCCACUGCACCGCCUGCUGCCACACACGCUUCAUACCAUCCAUCGCCAUCGGGCAGUGGGCACAUGGAGCAUCGUAAUUCAUAUAAUCUGCUAAGUGAAGCCAUGUCACAGGCUGUCAGUAAUGAAUUCAGUUCAUUGGGCAGUGGUUCAGCGGAUGGUGCUUGUCAUGCAGACGAUUUGGAUUGUUAUAGUGGAAAUGUGCAGGAUCGCUUGGGUAUGGAGGCUAUACGUACGCUGCAUCGUCAACUUGAUGAUGACGACAAUGGCAAUAUUGAUUUGAGUGAGUCGGACGACUUCUUACGUGAGGAACUCAAAUAUGAUUCUGGUUAUGAGAAACGUCAGAAAGCGUUCCAUUUUAACGAUGAUAUGCAUAUAUCGGUGAAAGAGUUGUGGGAGGCGUGGCUGCGUUCGGAGGUGCAUAACUGGACUAUGGAACAAACGACAGACUGGCUGGCACAAUCAGUGCAAUUACCACAAUAUGUUGAGCUAUUUCGUGCGCAUAAAGUGACUGGUGCUACACUGCCAAGAUUGGCAGUAAAUAAUAUGCAUUAUGUGGGCAAUGUGCUGGGCAUAAAGGAUCCCAUUCAUAAGCAGAAAAUUGCGCUCAAGGCUAUGGAUGUUGUGCUUUUCGGACCGCCACGUGAAACUGGUACACGUUGGAAGGAUUAUAUUUUAGUGACCCUAUUACUUAGUGCUAUUAUUGGUUGUUGGUAUGCAUAUCAACAGAAUAAAAAUGCAAAAAGACAUUUGCGACGUAUGGCUCAGGAUAUGGAGGGAUUACAGCGUGCCGAGCAGAGUUUACAGGAAAUGCAAAAGGAAUUGGAACGUGCACGAAUGGAACAGGAAAAUGUUGCAACGGAAAAAAUGGACUUAGAACGACGACUCAAAGAGGCUCCUACACUUUCAUCAUCCAGCUCAGAUCUGGAAGUACAAAAGUUAAAGAAAGAAAUCGAAAUUUUACGUACCGAACUGUCACGUGCGGAAAUAGAAUUGGUGGACAAUUGUUGGACACCGCCACCACAAUUACAAUCAUGGCUACAGUAUACCUAUGAAUUGGAGAGUAAAAAUCACCUUAAGAAACGCAUUGCAGCUGAAAAACAAUUACAAUCGGCGCGAGAAGCAUGUGAAAAGUUACGCAAGAAACGUUCAAGUCUCGUUGGUGCCUUUGUCUCUACGCAUGGCAAAAGUAUUGAUGAUGUUGAUCGUUCCAUUGUGGAGGCGCGCAAUUCACUCGGCGAAGUGACCAAUGAAUUGCAGGAACGAUUACAUCGUUGGAAGCAAAUUGAAAAUUGUCUCGGGUUUAAUAUUGUUAAUAAUAAUGGUUUGCAAUAUUUGGAGAAUGUAUUAUACAGUCGCAAUGGCGGCAGUAGUGUUGGUUCGAAUAAGGGUUCAAGAGGUCGAAUAACGAGCAGCAGCGAUGAUUUAGAUGAUGAAUCUGUACAAGCCAACUAUUGCGAUCCCAAAGCACGGACCUGGUACCAAUGGAAAUCUACACGUUCCUUAAUAGACAACAGCACAAUACGAAAUCCAACAAUAUUAACGGCAACAACAGCACCAGCAACAAUGGCCUAUCCGCAGGAGCGCAGCUCAUCAGCGGAAAACUUAGCGGCGGAGCCAAUAAGAAGAUGGUCAAGCAGCACAGCACAACUAGCCAACAGUCCACAUCAUCUACAUCAUCGUCCGUCCAUUCAACACCAUCCGCAACAGGUGCACUCGUCUCAGAUAUACAGAGCGGUGGCAAAGGACAAUCUCCCGGACGUUGGUCAUCAAAUGAGCGCAUAUUGUCAAGCCAUCAACAGCAGCAGCUUCAACAACAGCAGCAGCAACAGCACGAACAUCAAAAGCUUAUUUGGCAGCCAUUGCAGUCUGUGCAGCAUCAACAGCAACUCCAGCACAAACAGUCAACAAUUCAUGGACUACAACAACAGUCACAGCAACAGCAACAGCAACAGCAGUCGACGCAGCAACAGUAUCAGCAGCACGCAGGAGAUAAGGAGUCGUUCAUGCAGUCCCACUACACAGCAACUACUGGAAAACCGCCAACCGCUAUUGGUGCAAUAUCCGCACAACCGCACCACCUCCAACACCACCAUCACCACCACCACGAGCAACAACAACAGCAGCAAUUGCCUGCCGCGUAUAGCUUGCAAUCGUUUUGCGGUGGGCAGACAUCUCAACAACAGUAUGGCGGUGACAACAUCAGCAUCGGUUCCGGUUCCGGUGCCGGUGCCGGCGCCACCACCACCACAUCUGCGUCAAUUGCUGCGUCGACACACAGUGAUACCCAAAUGGAGGACCAACUGUUGCUCAACGCAGACAGUGCCAGUCUCGAUGGUGGCGGAACCAUUAAGAAGCGAAAACGACGAUUACGUUUCCCAUUCGGUCAUCGCAAAUCCGCCAGCAAUGCCAGCAGCAAUAGCGGUGGUGCAGUCAGUACCAGCGUCAGCGCAAGCAAACAUACAUAGCUCGCAUAGCGCUGGUUGUCUGACAGCAACAUUGUACAACGGUGCGGCUGCUCGGCCGGUGAAGCAGUAUGAGGGCGACGAGCUGGCGGAGGAGGAGAAGGAGGAGCCGCGGAAAAGCCACCACAACGAUGACGACAAAUUGUUUGAUAUUGAGGAUAAUGUUAAAUACGAAACUAAAAAUGUUUGCAGGAGACGAGGUAACCGUGAUAACGCCGAAAAAGAUGCAGAUUCCGAAAGUGAAGCUUACUCACAGAUUACUUUGAAUUUUGUAAAACGCGCCGCCGAUGUUGCAGCAUCUGCGCGCCAACUGAACGAACAUGACAAUAAUAUUUAUAGUGAUACCCAAGACGGCGGCGACAGCGGCCGCGACGAAAACUUUAGGAAUACGGUCGCAAGUGGUUUCACAAUAACGGCCAGCUAAAUUACUUACAUUUUAGGUUAGGCCAACGAAAUACUUACGUACAUAUAUACACUUUUUUUUUAAAUAAGCCUAAUAUCACGGUCUUCCAAACGACAAUUGAGACCAACGAUGAUGAUGCAAUGAAGAUGAUGAUGAAUGUGCGUGCGAGUACUUAAUUUUACACAUAUAUACACAUAUAAAGACACCAUAAUAUUAAAGCAAAGCAAGUUGAGCCCUGAAAGUCAUGCAUACAUAUACAGCCAAGACAUAUGCUUCUUAAUCCUGAUCUCCGAAAGCAUGGCUUUCUCCCCGAAAUGCGCUCCACUGCUAAGUCGAACCAUUUUCAGUGCUUCCUCGCAACACAAAUCGUUGAACAAAAGCCUCAAGGCUUUGGCUUUCAUUAGUGAUGCGCAAAUCCACGCUAAAUCGUCAGCGUUUUUUUUCUUUUGUUCUUGUGUGCAAAUUGGGAGAGAAUUGCAACCCAAACAGUACUUACGCGUCAACACUUAAAAAACAAAGUAAUGCAGAAUUGAAAAUGAUGAUGAAGUUCUAAUUAAAAACAAUAAAAAAAUAUGAUUUCUUCCCCUAAUAAGGCAUUACCACCAAUAUAAGCUGCGCGAUUUCGACAUUCACUCAAUAUUGGAAAGACUAUAAAGCAUUGCUCUGCCUCCAAAGUAGGAACACUUAGAGUCUGGUUUCGGUUUGAGCUCUGCUUCGGUUAUCUGAUCGAUCGAUCGUUCUUCAUUUCAGUUGCAAUUCGUGACUAUAUGCCAGUUCUAAGCGCAGAGUAGCAUGGAUAACUUUGACAAGCGAUAAAAAAAACCGACUAAGGGCGCAAAACAAAAAGGCGGUUAGGUUACUUUAUAGUUUCUACAAUGUCAUAACUCACUUUUUAUUUCGCUCACUUUUAUGGCAGUUUCUCUUAGCGGUUGUAAAAAACAUUCAUGAAACACUGCGGAAUGUGAACUAAAACCGGAAACAAACUAUAAGAUUUCCUACUUUGGAGGCUCAAUUUCAACUGAAAUUACGAGAUUCCCAAUUCUGGCCAAGGUGAAUUGAAAUAGGGUGAAGUUGAUGGUACAGUUAUUUUCUUCUUCUAUCGACUUUUUGAUUUCCAGAAUGUUAAGCAAAAGAAAGAGAGAAAUGUGAACAACACUAUAGUCAAUUAAUCUUCAACGGAAAGUUAAUUCAUUUUUAAUAUCGUAUUUAAAAAAAAUAAUAUAAUAUAUAUAUAUAUUCACACAACUAAAUUUCUCUAGGCAAAGUAAUUAUUUUCAUCAUAUUCUUUGCUAAUUUUCGCUUUGUGGCCAUCUUUAGUACAUUCUCCCUGGUUUCUCUUUUAUUCGCGCAAACCACUGUUCCUAAAAUUUCAUCGCUUAAGUAACGAAAAUUCAAAUGAAAUUCAAGCAAGCAAUCCACCAGACAAUUUUUGUUGGCGGUAAUUAGAAAACGAGUCGCCCUUGGCAACAAAGUUAUCGCCGCUAAUAUCGCCAUCGUAUCUAUUUCUUAUUACCACUCGUUCUAAAAUGUCCGCCCAAGGCAACUCUCCUAGACGAGUCGUUUUUUCAUUGCCUGAAUGAGACAUUUUCUUCUUGCCUGAAUAAGUCGUUUUAUUAUUGCCACAGGAACUUACUUUCCAGAACGAUAUAUGAGAAAUAACUGUCACUUUUAUUCUUCUAAAUAAUUUAUGUAUUUUUUUAUUUAAGAUUAUAAUUUCCCUUGCCAUAAUGCUUCCUAUUUUAUUCGUACCAAUCAGUGCCGGUUUCUCCUUUUUACACCUCCAUGAAAAUUUUUGCCAAAUUAUCUGUCAAUGCAGCUUUCAUGGCAGCUCGCAGAAAAUUAGCACCAUCAGAUGUACCAGGCUUAUUCACUAGUGUCUUAAUGAAAUUGUCAAAAUCUGCUCUCUCACUAACGGGCGAGACAGGAAGGUUAGAAGACUAUAUAGUGACAGGCUGAAUGUUUUUUUGAUUGGCGAAUCUCGUUCCUUAAUGACGGAACCACUUCGGAUAAAUGAGCUAUAACUCUUCACAUCGGCCAAAAAGCUUAAGUCUAAAAUAUUUCUUUUAUUUAUUUAUUUCUUGCAAUGAAUGAAAAAUCUUGAAUUCGCCUUGGUUGCGUAGGUUAAUAUUUUUUUCUAUCAAAAAUAAAUUCAACUGAACGAUUUUUGUAUUUUUUUAAUUUUCAUAUUAGUUUUUGAGUGAAGAAUUUUCAGAAUAAUUAAAUAUAUAUAUUGUACAUAUAUAUGACCUAACCUCAAAAAAAAUUUUUAUUUUAAAUGGUUUGAAAUAUUAGUAACUUCUGACCUUUUCAGAAUACAUUUUUAUUUUUAGCCUUAAAUUCCUUAUUCGGUGGUAGUUUCGCUUAUAUUAAGGGCGAAUAAAUUUUGUAAACUGUAUAAAUUGCAUACAGAAGAAACCCGUUAUAUCGGAAAUUAUUUACGGUUUUAUUUUACUGACACCGUCAGUUGAUUAGCUGAGUAUGCCUGAGUGUUGACACAUAUGUAAGUACUGUUACUGUUGUAAGUCUGCAUAUAGUAUUUACGGUCUUAUAUGAAGGAACAUAAUAAAGUAAUUAAAAAAAAAAAAACGAAAACUAUUUUAAAUUUGUUUUGUAAUAAAGCCGUUAAUGGGCUAAGUGCUUCCCUAUAUAAUUUUACUUAUUGCAAAAAUAUAUCUAUAUACUAUAUAUUUAUUUGUGCAAUUAUAUACAAGUAUG